ACAUCAAGACUACUAUCACCAAGGACCUUACUACUCCGAAGGCGAAUCUCGGGGAUUAAAGGGGACUAUCGAGAGGGAUUGAAUGGGAUAAACAGCUCGGUGAUAAUAGAUGGAGGAGAUUUCAACGAUGCAAAGGCAUAUAAAGACAGUAAAGUCUGCAACAUAUUGACGAUGCAAGAGUUUCAUAAGCGUUUCCAUGAAGAAACUGACAUCACUUUCACUUCCCUUGACCUUGAGCAUAUUCCUCUCUUCCGUUCCCUCUUCCCUCCAUUUCAGAAAUACAUCACCAAAGGUUAUGUCUCAGAGAUAGAGGCUGGCAAAAAACUUGCUCUGGUGGUGAGUGAUCCGGGCUUGACGAAGUUGGGAGUGUACUGGAGCUGGAACAAGACCUCGUCUUCAUUCGAGAAUCCGUUGUCUCAAGAAGCUAGUGAUGUCGAGAUGGCUCGUAAGGUCUGGGAACUCAGCGAGAGGGCUUGGCCUAAAAUU